CUCACAUCUCGUCCUACAUUGAAAACGCGAUCUUAAAAAAUAGAUCAACUUAAAUGCCGAGUUAAUUGCUCCAUCUAUUACUACUAAUUGGGUUUGGAUGUGUAUUUGGUCAGAUUCCCCAUCAAUUUUUGCUCCAAAUCUGAUGCGCUCUAUUCUAAAUGAACAUAUGUGUUCAUCAUCUUAUAACUUUGGAAGGAAUAAGUUGCCCAAACGACACCGUAUUGCAGAGGCACUACUUUUUAAAAGUUAGUUGGAGAGUUGAAGACGCGGGCAACAUUUGCAAUUGAAAACUACAUCCUCUUUCUCUUCCUUCGUGUGUGUGUGUAUGUGUGUAUGUUAAACCUACAAUUAUUGAAGACAAAGCGCAAUCAUUGGGGAUGGAAAUUAUCGAUUCUGAUGUUCAUUUAGAUGAUUCAGAUGUUGUGGAGCCGGACUAUGACCCUCCGCUUCAGAUGGGUGAUCCUUCGGUUGAAGUGAGUGAAGCAGAUCGGGAAGGUGCCCUAGUGCAAAAAGCAAUGGUAAUGGAAGCAGCAUUUCUUGAAGGAAAUCUCGAUAAAACUAUAAGUCUUCUGACAGAAGCGGCGGUAUUGAAUCCAAAAUCAGCAAUGUUGUAUGCUUGCAGAGCUAGUAUGUUUGUUAAGUUGAAGAAACCAAACGCUGCAAUCCGUGAUGCUGAUGCAGUGAUGCUGCGUUGAAGAUCAACGAUGAAUUAGGUAAAGGAUAUAAAGCUCGUGGUAUGGCAAAAGGGAUGUUGGGCUUGUGGGAAGAUGCUGCAAGAGAUUUGCAUAUGGCAUCAAAGUUUGAUUUCGAUGGAGAGGCUACUGUGAUGCUUAAGCAAGAAGAUUGCAGAGCACCGCCAAAAAUACGAAAUGCUUCACAAAGCAAGGGAGCAGAGAAAGGCUGAGAAAGAUGAAGGAAGCUGAAAAUGAAUCUGCUUCACUGCUGAAGGAUGGGCAAGUGAUUCGUGUCGCCUCUGCUAAGGACCUGAAGAUGAAGCUGGAUGCUGCUGCAAAAAUGUUUCGCCUUGCAAUAGUGUACUUCACUGCAACAUGGUGCGGCCCCUGCGUUCACAUUGGCCCGAUAUUCACAAACCUAGCCUCAAAAUACCCCAAGGUGGUGUUCCUGAAACUCGACAUUGAUGAGGCGCGCGAUGCAGCAGCAGAGUGGCGAAUUCAAAGCAUCCCGAGUUUCUAUCUGUGGAAAGAUGGAAGAGUGGUAGAUGAAGAGCUCCAGAUGAGGAUGAGCUUAAUUGAAAAGAUGAUUCUUGAGCACACUGCAUAGAUUCUUGAGCAAGGCUGUCAUUACAACAACAUUC